AUGGUUACCAGGCAUAACAUUUCUUGUUUGGCUCUGUUUGAGCCUAGAGUUAGUGCUAGGCAUCUUCCCUUGAUCAUGAAGACAGUGGGUUUUGAUGAUUCCUUUAUGGUCGAAGCAGAGGGAUUCUCAGGAGGCAUUUGGAUUAUGUGGUCCAAGCAGUGGGGAUCAGUGGAAAUUCUCUCCUCUCACCGUCAGCUGGUUCACUUACGGGUCACACCUAGGGAUGGCUUGCCUUCCUUUCUGGCUUCCUUUGUUUAUGGAAGUCCAAAUUCCUCAAUCUGUGAUCUGCUUUGGAGGGAGCUUCGCAUUAUUGCAGUUCAAGCAACAGGUCCCUGGGUAGUUAUGGGGGAUUUUAACUCCUAUCUUAAUGCGUCUGAUAAGGCUGCAGGUGGUCCGCUUAAUUCUAUAUCCAUGUGUAGAUUCAGAGAUUGCAUCGAUGAUUGUUCCCUCUCCGAGCUCAGCUUCAAAGGUCCCCCCUUUACCUGGGAGGGUAGAGGGGUUAAGGAACGAAUUGAUUGGGCACUUUGCAACGCUGAUUGGCUCACUUCUUUCCCUGAAGGCUGA